CUAGGGGGUGGGAUCAGGCCCCGCCCGGCCCGGCCCGGCCUGGCGAUCGUGGCGGCAGCGGCGAUAGGGCCGGGCCCGGCGGGCGGAGGCGGCGGCGAGGGCCGAGGAGGCCGGGGGCCGGGCCCGGCAUCUCUCCGGCCAUGGAGUUCCCCUUUGACCUGGCCCCGGUGCUGGGUGACCGCUUCUGCGUAGUGGACCAGAACCUGCGGCCUGCCGGGCACCGCGGGCCCAACCACCGGGGGGACCUGGAGCAGCAGCUGAGGACAGUGAUCGAUGAACUGGGCAAGGCCUCGGCCAAGGCCCAGGGUCUCUCGGCCCCUGUCACCAGCGCCGCCCGCAUGGAGUCCAACCACCACGUCCUCUACAUCCUGCGGGACCCUGACGGCCGCAGCACCCCCCGAGGCGCCGUCGUCGGCUUCCUCAAGGUCGGCUACAAGAAGCUCUUCCUCCUGGACCGGGGGGGGGCCCACAACGAGGCAGAGCCUCUCUGCGUGCUGGACUUCUACAUCCACGAAUCCCUGCAGCGGCACGGCUACGGCCGGCAGCUCUUCCAGCACAUGCUGCAGACUGAGAGAAUGGACCCCUGGCGCCUGGCUGUGGAUCGACCCUCGGAGAAGCUGCUGAGCUUCCUCCGCAAGCACUACGGCCUCAAGGAUGCCAUCCCCCAGGUGAACAACUUUGUCAUCUUUGAAGGCUUUUUCUCCAAUCUCCCAGCCCCCCCCAGGAGGCCUCCCCCCAAGCGUGCUGAGGAUCAGAUCAAACCUUACUCACUCUCUGAGAGGGACUUUCUGCGUGAGGAGGUGGAGCCUCCUUGGCCUCUCAACCAAUCAGCAGCCAGGGCCGGGGGCUCCCCGCUGCGGGGCAGCCUCCGACCCUUCCUGCGGCCUGCGGACAGACGGACGGAGCCCGGCCAGGGCCACACGGACGGAGCCCAGCCCCGCAGGGCCAGCUCCCUGGGGCGUGUUGGACGCUGAGCCUUACCCCCUCCCCCCC